AUGGCGUCAGUGGCGUCGAGGGUCUUCGCUAUCACUGGUGGAGCAUCUGGCAUUGGUGCAGCGACUGCUAGUCUACUUGCUCGUCGAGGAGCGGCCGGUAUAUGCGUGGGUGAUAUCUCAAACCAGCAUUUUGGCUGCCUAGAAGAGGACAUCCGAAGAAUAAACCCCUCAACUAGACUAUGUUGCACCAUUCUCGAUGUCACAUCUUCAGCGGAAGUAGACAGAUGGAUUCAAAGCGUCGUCGUCACUUUUGGUAACCUCCACGGAGCCGCUAAUAUUGCGGGCAUCGCACAGGGUGGAGGCAUGCGAGAAACUCCGACCAUCUUACUGGAGAAGAAUGAAGAAUGGCAUAAGAUCAUGCGUACCAACCUCGAUGGUAUAUUCUACGCGACCAGGGCUGAAGUGCGGGCGAUGAACGACCUGCGUGGAAGUUCGAUAGAUCGUAGCAUUGUGAAUGUGGGAAGCAUUGCGGGCAUGUAUCAUGAACCAGAUGUUUAUGCGUAUGGAACUUCCAAAGGCGCCUGCUCUUACUUCACCAAAUGUGUGGCCAAGGACGCAUUUCCAUCCGGCAUCCGAGUAAAUAACGUGUCUCCAGGGAUCACUGUGACUGCAUUGUUGCCACAGUUCAAUCCAAAAGCGAAGACAAUAGAUGAGGUCAAAGAUUUGUACAUGGACGAAGGAUUCUCACUUUUGCAGCCGGAUGACGUGGCGCGGACUAUUGUGUGGCUAUUGAGUGAGGACUCGCGACCAGUGCAUGGUGCUGAUAUCAACGUGGGGGCUUCUAUGCCCUGA